GAUAAAAUGGAAUCGUGGAACGCAAUCUCUCUCUCUCUCUCUCUCUCAAUCUGAACUCAUGGCGCUUAACUGCACCUCCAUUGCCCGUUUCAACCUCCACUGCUUCCAGAGCUCUAAAGGACGCUUUCUUGGAAAAACCCAUCAUCUGAAAUUAUCUGGAUUCACCAAACCAAAAGGCCAACUGAACAAAACAAUGAUCACCUGCAGCAUCCAGCCAACACUUCUCAAUACUUCUGAAGCAACCAGAUACAUGGAAACACUUGCAACUACCAUUCCCCAGAGCUUACACAUAUUUGCUUCAAGCUACAUACAAGAUCUCCUGAUUGCCGAUCUUGAUCCGGCAGCAGCAAAGACAGCCAUUAGCAUCAUGGGUCCUUUUCUAUCAGCAUUCGGCUUCCUGUUCAUCCUCAGAAUAGUUAUGUCCUGGUAUCCGAAGCUCCCCGUAGGAAAAUUUCCAUACGUUUUCGCUUAUGCACCUACAGAGCCAAUUCUGAGAGUAACAAGGAAGGUAAUACCGCCUCUUGGUGGAGUCGAUGUAACUCCUGUGGUAUGGUUUGGCUUGAUAAGCUUCUUGAAUGAGAUCUUAGUUGGUCCUCAGGGAUUGUUGGUUCUUCUAUCUCAACAAGUACAGACUGGUUAACAAGUAAGAGCGAAUUCUUGUUUUGGGCUUUUACCCGAUAUUAGUCCAUAAACAUUUCAAUUAUUGAAAUUAGUUCUUCAAAACCAUUGAAAUUUCCAUAAGGUCCCCUAAUUCUCAUAAUUUGUUUCAAUUUAAUUCCUCUAAUUGCUACUUCUGCUCUCGACUUGGAGGGACUAAUUCCAUAAUAACUUAAGAAUUGGAGGACCUAAUAGCAAAUUCAAUGAUUUGAGGGGCUAGUUUCAAAGUAUGAAAGAUUUAAGGUGCUAAUAUAGAAAACCCUUUCUUAUUUCCAAUACCAAUCACAUUGUAAGAUUGUAAGAGCAUGUACAUUGUUCAGAAAUGAGACCAAUAAGCAAAAAUUUUGAUAAUAGUCAUUAGCAUGCCAGUCUA